AUGCGUCCAUGGAUCUCAACACUUUUUUUCAAUCAUCGAUCGCUUUUACCAGUUCAAACACUUUCUAUUUGUAUAGGGUUUCUCUGUAUAACAUAUUUAGUUUUAUCGAAUUUUUCUCGUUUGUCCAUUACAAAUAUAAUUCCUGCAACAUGGAUUCAACCUAUAAAAAUAAAUGAUAAAAUUAUCUUAAAUCUUGAACAACAAGAGAUGCAACAUGUAUCUCGUAUUGAAAAUAAAAGCUUUAUUUGUGAUCGUAUAAGAAAAAACGAUGGAAGACGAGUAGUAAAUUUUACUUCAGAAUUAGACGAUCAUCAAUUGAAUAUUCUUCGUCUAUACUGUGAUAUUGUGCCUGUUCCUCGUAGUAAAUGGAUUCCUGCUAGUCGCUAUGUCGAAAGUGAUAUUGUUUUUAUUAUACACACCAGUGCUUCUUUUUAUCAUACACGUGCAACAGCAGUUCGAGAUACAUGGGCAUCACGUGUUACUCAUAAAUAUUUUUUCAGUGAAACACCAUAUUCAUCAUUACCUGUAACUGUUAUUGAUGGAACAAGAAAAGCUCGUUCAUCUAAUAUUAAGAAAGUCUACAAUGGGCUUGAAAUAGCAUACAAAAAGCAUAAUGGUACAGCUAAAUUUUAUUUUGUCACAAGUUGUGAUACGUUUGUUAAUGUUCCACAUUUAUUAAAACGUCUUGACUCAUUCGAUUAUAAACAACCUUUAAUUAUUGGUGGUUUUACUGAAAAACAUAAAUGUUAUAUUAAAAGAAAUUUAGUUAACUAUACUAUUUCUUAUUCAUCGAGUGAUCCAGGCUUUUAUCUAAGUACUCAAAUGAUGAAAUUAAUAGUGCCUAAAUUAAAUUCUCAUUUUAACAAUGAUUGGCCAUUGACAGAAGACAAGGAACAUGCUGAUGCUGCUCUGAAUUGUCUUGCUCAUUCUAUGGGUAUAAAAUCAACAGCAAUUUCUGGGUUUUGGAAACAGAAUCCAGAACAGACACUGAGAGAUAAUGGAAAAAAUGAGUUCUAUGCUGAUUUGGAACCAAAGACAUUUCACAAUGUACAUCCAUUAUCUAUGCAUGUUCUUGAUGAAUUUUAUGUUCAUCAAUUACUUGAUCGAAUUGGAAAUGACAAAGAUUUUGAUGAACUUAUGAAAUUUACUAGACAUUUUGUUAAUAUUCAUUAUCAAUUAUUACGUAUUAAACAACGUGAAUGCACAUUACCUACAGUAGAAAUUAUAUAA